AUGACCGUAAAGACUGCAAAAUUUUCAAGGGUUCACACAUCCAGCGGUGAUCAAUGUUUUGCUGAUCUAGAUCCCCUACUAAAGAGGACAUCUGAACUGUUAUCCAAGAUAAAAAAUGAAGGCAUCUUAUCUAGUUAUCACCACUCACUUCGUCAGUCUCACCAGCAUCUUGAUCAGAAUCUUAUCCAAGGUGAGCAAGAUACAUUAGAACGUGAUCCCAAAAGGUUGGGGAAUAUCAGCUCACUUCAUCCGGAUAUCAGUAAUUCGCUGAUUGAAAAAUCCUGUAUUCAUAAGCAUCAAAAUGGGCUCACCGUGCCAGAAAAUCAAACGCUAUUAACAACGGUCAAAGGCCGGAUACCAAUUCAUGUCCCAUCUUUGAACCCAGAGGAAUAUUAUGUGCGUACCGAGGGGAAUCUGCGUGAUCAUCCCCUGAAAAUCGAUAAAAUAAGCUUGGAAUUAAAACAAGCAAAUGAUAAGAUCAAAAAUCUGGAAAAAUGUUUAUUAGAAAAACAGUCGACAGUUAAUGAACUUUUAACUGAACUGGAUCAUAAAACGGCUUUAGUCAAUUCUCUGACAUCUGAAUCUUCAACAAAAGAUAUUUUGUUGCGUCAGUUAGAUUCAACUUUGGGUCAUAUGACAAGAAGUUGGAAAGAUCACGAAGCCCAACAAGAUCUUUCUUUAAAACUAGCUAAGGAAUCUGAAAGUCGGAGAAUCAAAGAACUUGAAGAUCUUAGAAGUCAACAUCAAUUAGCUCAUACACAAUGGGAUGAACAGCUGAAUUCAUUAAAAGCAGAUCAUCAGCUAGAGAAAAUCUCCUUAGAAGAACAGUUAUUACAGAUGACGAGUAAAUGCAAGGAAUUAGAAAGGCAACAUGAAAAUGCUAAUCAAACCAUUCUAGUAUUAGAGUGUAAAAUUAACAAAUAUGAAGAUGACUUACGACAAAGUCAAAUAAAGUUAACAGAACAACAACAAACAUCAAAUGAAAUCUCUACAAGCUUUAAACGGUUGGAAAAUGAAUUCGAAGAUCAUAAAAAACAAAUUGAUGCAGCUGCCGAACAAAAAAUUCAUGCAAAAGUAUUGUCAUACGAAAAAAGAAUCCAAGAGAAUACAAAACAGGCUGAAGAAAACAUGCGGAAUAAAUUAAGGGAAGCAUCUGACCGUUACAGAGAGGAAAUUGAUCAGUUACGCGUUAGUGUAGAAAGUGAAUUAUCACGACAAGUGUCUGAGGCUGAAUGUCGAAUUGAAGUUGAACGUCAGCGUGUACAGAAUGCAGAGAAACAGUCUGAGCAAUGGCGUAUCAGAGCGAGGGAAGCUGAAGAAGCGAGAUCAGCAUUAGCGCUUCAGAUCAAUGAACUGUUACAAGCACGCUGUACUGAAGCAAUGCAGAUCCUUCGAUCUAAUCUAACUGUUACUUCAUUGGAUCAUCCUACUAUUAAUGGCUGUGCGAAUCAAAAUGCUGAGGUGUGUAUUACAGCUGAAUCUCGACCAGUUGGUUGUGAACUGGUCGUCCAGCAUACGAAGAGAGAUGAAUCCGAAAGGCAAGAGGAACCCGACAAAAGUCUAUUCCAGACCAGCACAUGUGAGAUUCAAGUUGUGUCUAACGUAGAUAAAGAGCGUGAAUGUCAAUAUAUGUGA